CGAGCCGUCCAACGUCAUCCCAAACCUCACCCUCGUGUUCGCUCAUCGCAAGAGCUCUGCCUCGACCGCAACACCUCGCGCCAGCCACCGAGGACCAGCAGCAGCCAACAGUCGACCAUGGCCAUCCGCAGGCCCGCUAUGCGCGGCACGGGCAGGGUCAAAGCCCCUCGCAAGCAAACCGAGCCGCUGGACUCGACCCUCGACCGGCUCAAGGAGGCGAUCCAGCAGGUGCAGAACCACAACGUCUCGCAGCUCUCGUUCGAGGAGACGUACCGCUACGCCUACCACCUCGUCCUCCACAAGAAGGGCCACCAGCUGUACAACGCCGUCGCCGAGCUCAUCUCGGCGCACCUCGAGGCCGAGACGCGCGCCAAGGUCGUCCCCGUGUUCCCGCACGCCACAUCGGUCGUCGGCGCGAGCGGCAGCGGCGCGACGGGCAGCGGCGAGAGCGUCGCGACGGCGGCGGCGGGGCAGCUCUUCCUCGAUCGCCUGCGCGAGGUGUGGGACGACCACAUCGCGUGCAUGAGCAAGAUCCGGGACGUCCUCAAAUACCUCCCCGAGAGAUUCUCGGCAGCCGUCCCGAGCGUGUUCGACCUCGGCCUGUCCCUCUUCUUCCACCACGUCAUCCUCUUCUCGACCAAGCCGAAACCGGCCGUCGCCGCCACCUCGUCGCGCUCGUCCGCCGCGGCCGCCGCCGUCAUCCCGCCCUCUCAGCGCCCGACCGCCGACCCGAGCACGGUCGCGCACCACCUCAUCAACACGCUCCUGACCGUCAUCCGCAUCGAGCGCGAGGGCGAGGUCGUGUCGCGCUCGGCGAUCCACAGCGCCGUCGACAUCCUGUCGCGCCUGACGGACGAGGGCCCGGUGCCGCUCCCGAUCCAGGCCUCGGCGGGCACGGGCAGUGGGUCGCCCGUCGUGAGCAGCAGCAGUGCGGCGGCGCGCGCGAGGACCGUCAUGGGCGAGGGCCCGCCGGGCGCGCAGGAGAGCCCGUACAAGACGGCGUUCGAGCAGGCGCUGCUCAAGCAGACCGAGGAGUUCUACUCGAGGGAGAGCGCGAGGCUCCUCGUCGAGUGUGACUGUCCGAGCUUCCUGCAGCGCAUCAACCGCCGCCUCGAGGAGGAGCAGACGCGCGCCCAGUCGUACCUCGGGCCCUCGACCGAGCCCCUCCUCCUGUCGCUCCUCGACCACGUCCUCAUCGAGCAGCACCUCGUCUCGAUCCUCGAGCACCCGGCGUCGGGCCUGUCGACGCUCGUCGCCGAGUCGCGCAUCGACGACCUGCGUCUCCUGUACACCCUGUUUGGCCGCGUCGGCAAGGGCCACGCCGAGUUGCAGAAGGGCCUGAGCGCCUGGAUCGUCGCCGUCGGCAAGCAGGUCAACGAGGGCGUCAUGCUCGCGCCGGCGCCGGCGAACGACGGCGACGCCACGGCGGCGGCGAGCAAGGGCAAGGGCAAGGCGCUCGAGGACGAGACGGGCGACGGCGACGAGACAGGCGCGGCGGCGGGCAAGAAGAAGCGGCCCGAAGCAGGAGGUGCGGCGGGUGCGGGAGCGGGCGCGGUCGGCGCGCGGACCAAGGCGGCGCUCGCGUGGGUCCAGAACGUGCUCGACCUCAAGGACAAGUUCGACACGCUCCUCGCGAGGGCGUUCGGGAGCGACAAGGCGUUCGAGAAGAUCAUCAACGACGCCUUUUCCGUGUUCGUCAACGAGAACCGCAAGUCGCCCGAGUACAUCUCCCUCUUCAUCGACGACAACCUGCGCAAGGGCCUCAAGGGCAAAACUGAGGCCGAGGUCGACGAGGUGCUCAACAAGGCCGUCGCCCUGUUCCGGUACCUGAACGAGAAGGACGCGUUCGAGAAGUACUACAACCAGCACCUGUCGAAGCGCCUCAUCAGCCAGCGGUCCGUGUCGGACGACGCCGAGCGCAACAUGCUCGCCAAGUUCAAGAUCGAGGCCGGCGCCGAGUUUGCCAAGAGCGCCGAGGGCAUGAUGCGCGACGUCAAGACGAGCGAGGACACGGUCGACGAGUACCGCCGGCAUCAGCAGACGGCCACAAUCAAGGCGCCGUUCGAGAUGGUCCCGAUCGUGUGCGGCAGCAACUUUUGGCCGUUCAACGCCAAGGACAAGUCGUGCACGUUGCCCAAGGUGCUCCAGGACGGCGUCAAGGCGUUCGACGCCUUCUACCAGCACAAGCACUCUGGCCGCAAGCUCACCUUCAUGCCGGACCAAGGUCAAGUCGACGUCAAGACGCGGUUCAAGGCGCGCUCGCACGAGCUCAACGUGUCGACGUACGCCAUGGUCGUCCUGGCGCUGUUCGAGGGCCUCGGCGACGACGAGAAGCUUCGCUACGCCGACAUCGCCGAGUCGACCAACAUGCCGUCGUCGGAGCUCAAGCGCACGCUUCAGACGCUCGCGUGCGCCAAGUUCAAGGUGCUCACCAAGCACCCUCGCGGGCGCGACGUCGCCGAGUCGGACGAGUUCUCGUUCAACACGAGCUUCACGGCGCCGCUCGCCAAGAUCCGCAUCCAGACGGUUGCGGCCAAGGUUGAGACGGACGCCGAGCGGCGCGAGACCGAGGGCAAGGUCGACGAGGCGAGGAACACGCAGUGCGACGCCUGCAUCGUGCGCAUCAUGAAGGACCGCAAGGUGCUGCAGCACCUCGACCUCGUCAACGAGGUGAUCCGCCAGCUGUCGCACCGGUUCCAGCCGAGCCCGCAGAUGGUCAAGAAGGCCGUCGAGCGCCUCAUCGAGAAGGAGUACCUCGAGCGCGACGAGGUGGACCGCAAGAAGCUCAAGUACAUGGUGAGCUCCCUCUCUCUCUCUCCCUCGUCGUCGCUCGGCUUCGGCGAGCGUGCACUGACCCCCUCUCUUCUCCCCGUGCAGGCUUGA